AACUGCUCGAACUCGAACUCGGUCGGUGCUGCAACUUCUGGCUGCUGCUUCCCUGUGGGCUGUGGGUUGUUCGAAUCCAAUCAAAGAAUCCCUAAAAAUCGAAAUUUUUGAUUUUGUUUAAGCUUAAUUUUUUGUUGCUCUUUGAGCACGUAUUCUAUAGUAGCAAGUUGGGAACAUGGAAUCUCAAAAGCAUCAAGCUGAAACUACACCAUCGACUACUGCACCAACUCCCGCAAUCACUUCAUGUCGGAAGAAAAAGAAAGAAGAUGCAACUUUCCUCGAGGACAUAAAAGAUCAUAUUGAUGAGUUUGUCAAUGCUUCCAUGGAUGAACACAAGUCGUGCUUCAAGAAAACCAUUCAAAAGAUGUUUGGCAUGUCAAAGGUAGUAGCACAAAGGAAUUCUGAGCUGCAAGAAGUAGAGAGUGUUCUUCCACUGCAGACAACAGUCUCAGAGUAAAGCAUCCGGAAAGUACUCUCGAAGAAGUUUUCCUUCAUAAUAAGAAGCGUUGAUUUUCACCUGUACAAUCGUUGUUGGAUAUAAUUUUUCAUGAUGACUUGCUUUCGUUCGUGUAGCCGACUCUAUAUUGUCGGUUACGAGAUUAAGGCUUUUAAAUAGUUGUGCUGAUUAGAAAUGAUGCUUUUGUACAAGUGAUCGAAUGUAACAUAAUUUGCUUUUUCAAUUCAUAAUUUGCUCAAAUUCAAACAACCCAAAAUUGACCGUAAUUUGCUGUUAUAGAUUUGGAUUUGCGAGGAGUUAGAGAAUCAUGUAACACUAGAGUGAUUGGUAAUUGGUUCAAUGUGAUUGAUGACAAGGGACAGCAACUACGUCUGAUGCUAAUUUUGUGCACCAUGAUAACAUGAGAUAUGACUAUACUUUUAUGC